AUGUUAAACGAACGUGUAGACAAUUGGACACGAUUCCGCAAGGCAAUCUCGCAGCAUACGUCAAGGGAGUUUGAAAAGUUCAUGUUGCUGAGCAACUUUGCUCGUAAGUUGCGCUUCCUAUACCUCGAUCAUCGCUUGGAGAUCGUUGUCCGGCGGAACGAUUCAGGAGGAUCCAGCUCGUCACAGAUGACCGAUAUGAAGGAGCUGUCCAGUGGAGACCGUUCGUUCACACAGGUGUCGUUACUGCUUUGCUCUGGGCAGCCGAACGGAGUCUCCGUUCCGAAUCAUGGACGAGUUCGACGUGUUCAUGGACUCCCAGAAUCACAGCAUGACCGUCGAGCUCCUCGUGGAAGCUGCGAAGAAGAACUGCAACAAGCAGUUUAUCUUCGUUACCCCGAACGAUCUGAGUUUAUCUUCGUUACCCCGAACGAUCUGAGCAUGCUGAGACCGGAUCCGGUGGUGAAAAUCCAGAAGCUGGCCCCUCCGAGAUAUCGAGCUGCGUCGGCAGGCGCACAUGACGUUGAUAAGGAUGGAGUGGCCUGA